AUGAGCUUGACACCGUCCAACCUGGGCAAGUCCCUUUCAGCAUCGACUUCCCAUUCGCCUGCGAUUCAGCCAGGUCCUGUCACCACGAGUUUCGAGUCCACCCGCCGACCAGCACAAGCCAGCCCUUCUCAUCCUCACUCUGCCCCGCGAAAGGGCCAGGGCGCCAGGAAACAACACAAGAUGCAGCGACGACCGGGAAUGGGCGACUACAGGCAGAACUCGAAUCCGGAUGACGAUGACGCCAUGGCCGAGUUGAGAGCCGUCCGGAACCCCUCGAGUCGUCGGGGCCAGACCUCCAUCACCCAUCUGCUCAACUACAGCAUGCCGCCGAGGCCCUAUGCAGAUCAUCACUCGUACUCUAGAAGCUACAGACGCAAUCCGACCUGGGGGCCCGGCUCGGGGCACCACGCUAACGACAAGGCGAGGUACGUCCACGCCAACUAUCGCUUCGUCGUAUCGCCCGAGGGCAGCUAUACCAGCCAGGCGGCCGAUGCCGACGUACAUAUCGAUUGGAACAAUGUCUUGCAGAUUCUUGCGUCGUCUGAGUCGCAGACCGCCAGCUGCCCGAUUUGCCUGUCGGAGCCCGUCGCGCCCAGGAUGGCCAAGUGCGGUCACAUCUUUUGCCUGCCAUGCUUGAUCCGAUUUAUGAAUACUACGACCGAAGAGGACUCGAAGCCUGUGAAGGGUGCAAGAUGGAAGAAGUGCCCGCUAUGCGAAGACAGCGUCUACCUACACGAGACACGGCCUGUGCGGUUCUAUGCAGGCCAGGAGAGCCCUUUGCCGCGUGUCGGAGACGACGUGGUACUGCGGCUGAUGGCGCGGACUGCCAAGUCAACUCUUGCGCUGCCGUGGGAAAACGGCUCGGAUGCACUCAAUGUGGCGGACGAUAUUCCUUGGCACUUCGCCGCGAACGUCCUGGAUUAUGCUAGAAUCAUGAAAGGCACCGGCGGCUACAUGGAGGAGCAAUACGAUGAAGAGAUUCAAGCGCUGGAGAAGCAAGGAACCGAAGACCAGCUGCUCUACCAUGAGGACGAUGAGUGGACCCAGAAGGCGAUCCGGGCUAUCAAUGCCGCAAAAGACAAGGUCAAAGACCUAGGCAAGAACGAUUCGAUGCUGCCGAGCGGCUCCAAGGUGGAAAACCAGAAGCCUGUCGAGCCAGACUUCUACUUCUUCGCAUCACAACCACAUCUGUACUUGUCGGCACUCGACAUUAGGAUUCUCAAGACCAAGUAUGGCGAUUUCUCUGCAUUCCCGUCAACCCUGUUACCUCGUGUCGAGCAUAUCUCCACAGGACAUGUUGUGGACGAAGUACAGCGAAAGCGAGCCAAAUACUUGGGACAUCUCCCAUACGGUUGCCGCAUUAGUUUUCUGGAAUGCGACUGGACGGACAUUGUGUCGGCAGACGUUCUUGAAAAAUUUGCGGACGAGAUUGGUCGUCGAAGGAAGCGCAACCGUGACAAGGCCGUGCAGGAGGAGCGCGAGAGGCUUCAGUCCGAAAGGAUCGAGGCUGCGCAGUUCAAGAGCACGGCGGCCAUGCGGCGCGACUACGGCCCUAUUGAGGAGGAGCAAGUUCCUGCAUUAAACUUGGAAGAGUUUCAACCUCUUUCCAGUCAUGCCGGCGCAACGCCCCCAGACCCGCGACCGGGCUUUGAACACCUCGCUUCCCUCUCUACGAGUCCCUCCACACAGAGAACAGUGUGGGGUACGCAGGCGGUUCAUGGCUCUCCAGAACUAGCGCCAACUUCAAAUCGUCCCUUUGAUGACGGCUGGUUGAAGGACGAAGACUUGUUUGGUCCAGCCGAGCUUUCGUUCCAGAUGGAGGCAUUGGCCGUUAGCGAGCCUAGCGCUUCGGCCGGUAACAGCGGCGGUAGCACGCCUGCUGCCGGUGGCGGCGGGAAGGGGAAGAAGAAGAAGCAGAAGAUUACGUUGAUGAGCACCGGCGGAAGAAGAGGAGGUUGA